UCCGGGUGUAGGCCGAGCCUGGCGCUGGGACGGACGGGGACUGGAAGCGGGAGCGGCCCCGACACCCCAACUACCACAGGCGGGGGCGGGCGAGGGGGAACCGGGCCUCUCCCAGGGGCAACGGCCGGAGGCCCAAGCGGGAGCGGUGGAGAGGAAUAAGCCUGAUUUCUCCAAUCAAGUGAAUUGUGAGGCUAGGAAUUGUCUGCAGUGUGGCUUUUCUUUUGGGAGUGAAACAUCUGUUGUGUGGAUUACAAACUCUAUCUGGUGGAGGAGUGAUUCAGCGCAAUGACGUCAGAGCUGGAGAGCAGCCUGACAUCCAUGGAUUGGCUGCCACAGCUGACGAUGAGGGCAGCCAUUCAAAAAGCAGAUGCUGCCCAGAAUGUGGCUGGUGGCGGGGUUGCAAAGAAAACCCCACUUCUAGACCCGAACACUACCCUGGACCAGGAUGCACAGAACAAAGAUGGCAAACCACCAUACAGUUACGCCAGUCUCAUCACUUUUGCUAUCAACAGCUCCCCGAAAAAGAAGAUGACGCUCAGUGAGAUCUACCAAUGGAUCUGUGACAACUUCCCAUAUUACAGAGAAGCUGGCAGUGGCUGGAAGAAUUCCAUUCGGCACAACUUAUCGUUAAACAAAUGUUUCCUGAAAGUGCCUCGGUCCAAGGAUGACCCAGGCAAGGGUUCAUACUGGGCCAUUGACACUAAUCCAAAGGAGGAUACACUGCCCACUCGGCCAAAGAAGAGGCCGCGAUCAGGAGAAAGGGCCUCAACACCUUACAGCCUGGACUCUGAGCCUUUGGGAAUGGACUGCAUCAUCUCUGGAAGUGCCUCUCCAACCUUGGCAAUCAACACUGUGACUAACAAAGUAACACUAUAUAAUACGGAUCAGGAUGGAAGUGAUAGCCCUCGCAGCAGCCUUAACAACAGCCUGUCUGACACGAGUCUAGCAUCCGUCAGCCUGAAUAAUGUUGGCUCUGUCCACAACUACGCACAGGUGACAAAUCGGGCUGAUCCAGUCUCCCAGAGUCUAACACCACAGCAACAGCAAUACAACAUGCCCGAGAGGGACACAAAACCACCCUUCUCAGAAUACAACUUUGAAGAUCUGAGUGCCUCCUUCCGUAGCCUUUACAAAUCAGUCUUUGAGCAGUCUCUCAGCCAGCAGGGAAUGAUAAGUUUGCCUUCUGAGGCAUCACAGCCAACCCACACGUCCUGUUCCUACCAGCAUUCUCCCAGCAGUACUGUCAGCACCCACCCGCACAGCGGACAGAACAGUUUGGCCAACAGCCAUGCUAGCAGCCUCGGAGGCGGUGGGGGAGGGACACAGGUGCAACUGGCACAACAUCAGAUCCACGCACAGCACACUCACCACCAGCACCAUCAGCACCAACAUCCGCAGCACCAGCCAAACCAGCAACACCAUCAACAGCAGCACCACCAUCACCAACAGCAACACAUGGCCUGCAAUAUCGGCAUUCCUUCUGAUUGGUGCAUGAAUCUGGACACUCUGAAGGAGAGUUUCCGUAUUGCUAGCAGUUUCAACUGGUCUGAUGUGGAUCUCUCCCAGUUUCAAGGUCUGAUGGAGAGUAUGAAACAGGCGGAUCUCAAUAACUGGUCACUCGAUCCUGUUCAGUUUGCGGACUUGUGCUCUUCCCUAAACCAGUUCUUCACACAAACUGGUCUGAUCCAGUCACAAGGGAACAUGCAGCCCUCGGUUUGUCACAGCACAAUGCAUUCGCAGAAACCAAACCAGCACAUCAGUACAGGAAGCUUGUACAUUGACUCCAGACAAAACCUUCCUGCUUCAAUGAUGGGGCCCCCUGGGUACCCCCAUCUCCCACCUCUCAGUACCCCAGGACCAGCCAUGACAGCAGGGCACCAUGCAGGAAUGAACCAGCAGCACAUGAUGUCACCUUCCAGCUUCCAAAUGCACAGACCGAUGUCUCAACACCACAACCCUGCAGAUGAUAUCCAGGAUGAUUUCGACUGGGAUUCCAUUGUCUAACUUCCCUUCCUAAGGACAAGCCUGUCGGAAGCCCUUCCUGUCAGUGUGACUCAGAUGUUCUUUUAGCUUCUUGCUUACUUGUGUCGGCCGAUGCUGGCCACAAUCGCUGGACUGCUGCCUGGACACAGCCCCACCGUGACUGUGCUAGAGAGCUGUACUUUCUGGGGGGGAAAAAACACGCCUUCUGCUUGCAGUCACUACAGAAAUGUGGAGUUACCUGUCGGCCGCUCAGCGGUGGAGCAGUGGUAACAAGCAACGAAGCAUUUUCUAAUUCUGAACAGAAUUUUCUUUUGUUUUUGUUUUUUUAAACCGAAGGGACAUGUUGAGGGUUGGUAUCUGAGCAAUGCUCAUCUAAGUGAUGUGGCUCGGCUACGAUCUGAGGUUGCUUAGGAUGGUACUAUUCAGUGCAGAGUUUCUCUCCUUGGGGGAACGCUCCACUUGGAGGGAACAAACACGGAUAGGGAUCAAGGAAGCUGGCUUCUAGAUGGCCUUUCCUGGAGUAGGCCAGGAAUGCAGUCAUGAGUUGGGAGGGAAAUCUUUUACAAAGUGAGUUUCUUUUGAGAGAAUUUUGUCUAUAUAUGGUGCUGCAAAAAAAAACCUCUCAAGUUUGUGUUGAAAAUCCAGUUGCUGUACCAGGAUUAGUGUUGGAGUCAAUACUAGGGUACCUGGGGGAAAUUUUUCUACAGCUCCAAAGAUUGCAUUGCUACAGCUUGCGUUAACUUUGGAUCCCCAGCCUUUGAGCACACAACACCAGCUUCCAAGUCUGAACUGUUGGGAUUCUUCCCUGAAAUCCUGCCUGGACGCUUGUUAAUAAAGCUACUACAUCUCAAGAAGGUAGCAUUAUAUUUGGGGUUUGCAGGUAUUAUGUACCAAGUGUUGACGUGGUAUUGGUUAGUACCCCUGAGGUAAAUGUAGUUUGGUAAUGAGAAAAGCAGUCUGUCUCUCUCAGAGUGGUAGUGGCUGUAAGAGAAAUCUCCCAAGAUAGCUAAUUCUGCUAAGUUUGUAGCCUCCAAGUUGUACACGUACUAAAAUGCAAAAGAAUGGAGCACAGACUGCAGAAUGUGCAAGUGGUGAGAUAUUAUGAAACGUUGACCAUUACCUUUUGCUUAACCAAAAGUUAUGUGAUCAUAGUAGGAGCUAAUCUGGUUACUGCCUUUCUCUCUCCUGCUGGCCAUGGUGGAAAAGGCCGCAAUGCAGCAUAUCCCCUUGAGGGGUGCUGCAGAGGAAGCAUGUUAACCAAUGCUGCAUUUGUCAGCUAUGCAUGUUUAGUGGUGGAUAAAUGAGAGUUUCAUAAUAGAAAUCCCAGUCUGCUUUUAAUAAUUGUGUUGCAUCUUUUUCACUUUUUUGAUUUUUUAAAUUAAUUGGCAAGGAGUGGGAUUUUUAAAUAUGCACUUUCUGGAGCAGUGCCUACUUGAUUAUUCCCCCCUCUUUUAAAAAAAACAUCUAUUCACUCCUUCAGCAGUGGUUUCAGAUUGCUGUACUGAUAUAAGUGGAUGCACAACCUUUCUCAGUGUUUACAACUUAAAUUGUGAUUCGAGUUAAACCUCUGCUUGUAAUACAAACGGGGUUCUAAAUAUGCAUUACUGAGUCAUUGGAUGGGUCCUCCCUAGCAGAACAUUUGCUUUUACUGAUGCACAGUGUCCUCUUCCAGCUUCUCUUUCCUUCCUGUUACCUUAUUUGCAUUUUGGAUUCAGGUUAAGUCAGUGGUGCAGUGUGUUUUUACUAGAUGUCACUAGAGGCUCCUGGGACAUUCUUGUGGCUACCAAGUAACAGAAAUCAUAUACUGCAAGGUUUUAAUUUACUAAAUCUUCACAUAUCUAAGGGGAUGGAGAGCUUCUGCAGUUCACAAAUACUUGUGCACUGAAGAUCUGACCACUAAGUUAGGCCUCAAAUGCUGAUGGUAGUAACUUUUUGCCCUAGCUCAAGAUAUCAGACUGCACACCUCUUGAUGUAUACCAUGGAGCAGGGAUUUAACUUGAGCCAUAAAUGCUUCCCUCAAUCUUCAGUUUUUCCUUUAUAAGAGUUAGGACUCCAUGGAACUCGAGCUGGAAGAAAUCAAUUCAUAGCGAUUAACAGCACGUUCCAACUUUAAAAUUAUGAAUUCUGAACAGACACAUUUUUGCAGCUGUGGCCUAAAAAAGGAGUUUCUAAUAAGAACUGUCAGCUGAAUCGUCCCACACAGUGAAAUAAACCAUGUGAUUACUUGUGCUGCUCAAUCUAAGUGAGUUGCCAGGGUGUUGAUUUUUGUGCUUUCUUGCUAUUUCUGUACUCUGUCUUGUUCUGUUUCCUAAGCCUCUCAUUUAAAAUUGUUUCAGUAUUCUCUGUGUCUCUCUUGUUUUUUCUUGAAAACAAUCUGUGGCUCCUUGUUUGUUGUACAGGGCAGUUCUGUAAACAUGUCUUUUGGCUCUUGCUUCAGCUUCACCUGUAUUUCGCCUACUGCUUUUCAUCUUCAUUCUUUUAAUCCCAUACCAAUGGCAAGGAAGGGAGGGCUUUCACAGAGAGGAACAUUACUCUACAGCUUGAGGACUAGGCAUGGGAUUUUUACUUGAUUAAUGGUGGUAACCAAUUAGCUGCUCUGGGAUUUGCAUUGUUCUGUGUGGCAGUUAGUAAGCGAAAUACAUGCACAAUGUUUUGAAUUCAAUAAAUGCUUUUACUCCAUAUCUAUGCCAGCUAACUAACCAAUAGGAGCUGUCUAUAGACUUCUAUCUUGUGUAGGUCAGCAUUGUGUCAGAGCUAUAUAAUCAAGCUUCAUCAGUUAUGAUUGCUUAAAAGCUUAACUCUCCCCAUGUGACUACUGAAUGAGCAGAAAUAAAACAGGAAACUAGGAAUGCACAGCAACUAUGUCAGAAUCUGAAAGAGAAAAAUAGGUUAAUAGUCCAAUUACGAUCUUUUACCAGAUCUCUGAUAGAGGCGCUCUCACUAAAACUGAUCUUGUUUUGAUGGAUGAUCCCACUUAGCCUGUCUUUCUGCGCCACAUGUUGACCCUCCGCUAUGCAGUUCAGACAUCACUGCUUUUCAUUCUUUUGUUAGUACUUGAUGAAGUAAACCAAGUUUGAUUAUUAAUCAGAGAUAUGGAAUAAAUACAUUUCUUUGAGCUCAUGUAGCACUGUGGACUAGAUGGUUUAUCUUCAAUUGUGUGUCGGACUGCUUCUGAAAGUGCUGACUAAUGAAAAUACAGCUCCACUGCCACAGCAGCCCCCUGGUAUGUUAUCAAAUUGGACAUCACCUCUGAAUCAAGGCAGUGAGAAUUGGCAGGCUAUCUUCCAAUGGGGCCAUGACAGCUGACCCUGAUAUCUCCUCAUGCAUUGUCUCCGCAGAUGCGCGUGCGCACACACACACACGCACUCACACUCUCCGUUGCUCUUUCUUUCUCGCUUUCUCCCACUCUUGCUCGCUCUUGCUCUCUCUCUCACUUUCCCUUGCUCCCCAGCUCGCGCGUGCACACACACUUUGCUACAGAGGUCACUGGAUAGUGAUUAGGAGCAGAAACCUUGGAUGAUAUUUUUUUUCUUAACAUCCUCUCCUUGCAAGUCAAACUGAGACUGCUGCCCCAGAAAGAUCAGCACAAGAGAGGGCGGGGUGGAGUCUGUGGUUUAUGUAAAACUGAGCCAAUUAUAAAGUAUAACUGCAACAUCAUAUCCAAAAAAUAGCAUUUGAACCCCAUAUGGAUUUGUGCUAGCACUUAGAGAUUCCAGUGAAGGGUCAAAACAGACUGAAGUGUUGAUAUUGCCAGAGUGAUUGAACUGUGUAAAAUCUGCUGUGGUAUAUAGCAAGAUAAUGCUGAAAUGGAGGGGGUCAGCUGGUGCACUUUUGUACUUAAAGUUAAUGAAGUUUCUGGGGACAACAAUUGAUGUAAACGUUUGCAUUGCAACGGUCAAUAGAGAUCUCCCCUCUUUUGCUAAUAUAUAAGCUAAAUUUAUGGUAUUAAAAAUAUAUUGCACAAAAUAUGCAUUCAUCCCUUCCUUUAUGCUGCUUGGUCUUGUUCCCUGUAUUGUCACACUUCAGCUACCAUUUUAAUUAUUUUAUUGUAAAGCUAAUACUUUACAACAGAGGAUGAAGAGAUUAGUGAAGAAGUUAUUGUACCUUCAACAGAUAACUUGUGUGGGGCUGAAACUUGAACCCUGGCUUCAAGGAAACAGGAAUUUUCUUUACAAUUACCUGUACUCUCAAAACAAAAUCCAUUGCCAAAAAUUCCAAGCUGUAUCCUGAUUUGUUGAUGAACCUAGGUUGGAACAUUGCUGUGCAGCUCACCACAGAAUUUAGUAAUAGCUGUUAUCUUGGAUAAGUCAAAGUUUUGAUCAAACGUUUUAUACCAUAGUGCUAUUAAUAUGCUCAAGAUACACUGCAGGCAAAAGCAAUGGCACCGCCUGCUGAUGGGUUGUAUAUUGCAGCCCCAAUCUUUGGUAGAAUAAUGCAACAAAUGGUUCAACCAUCAGAGGGGUUGUGAGUACACUUGAAAAGCAGAGGUGCUGUGUUUAAUUGCCAAAAGUUUAACCCUUAUUAUUUAAUAUUUGUAUGUAAUGUAAAGCAGAAAAUUCUGACUUUUUUUUCGCAGAUUUUGCAUCUGAUCUUUUUGAAAGUUGCGAAUGUUUUGCAUGGCAAUGGGAGAGGGGUGGGCAGGCACAAGGCUAAAUGUACCGAAAACUUUUGUUGAACUUCUUGUGAAGUUUUAGCUCACUAAAAAAAUUGCCCAAUUUAUAGUGUGCGUAUAUGGGCACACGCAAUGAAAAGUUUGCCUUUUAUUUUCCUUAAGGCAAUGUGUUUACAUUUUUGAAACAGGCAUCAACCAGAUAUUGAAUGCAAAUAUCUGAUUUGGAGGGGUUUUAGUUAUAAAAUAAUGUUGGCCAGAAUUUUGUUCCCUGCUCCUGUGAAUUGAGGGUCUGGACUGUGUGGGUUGCUUUCAGGCCUUAGCUAGCACUGGGUGCAGUGUCUAUGGCUAGCUGUGCAGACUUGUUCAAGAUGUUUUCUCAGCUGCUCUUUCUCCCAUGGCUGAGGCCAAAAUCAAUUAAAUCUCAAGCACAAGUUAGUGCUGCUUACCCUAGUCUCGGAAUAAAAAUUGUAUUUGUUAAUAUAAGAGUGGUAAAGAUGCGUCACUUGCGGAGAUAGACCUGUGCCAUUUUAAGGAUAUCUGCCUGAAGCUACGAUGAAUUAAUAACUAGUUAUUUGGACUGAUUUUAAAUAUUAAUUGGUUGGUACCUAUCAUUCUGCUGCCUCUUCAUACUUUCAUUUUGGACUCCACAAUCUGCACCUUUGGCUAUGACACUUAUUCUCUCCCCCCGGAAUGGAGCACUGCAAAACCAAGUCUCUUGGCUCUCAGUUCUUACCUGCAGCUCUCUAACUCUGCACUGCCUUACACACUCCUGUUUAGUUGCUCCCUUGCCCUCACCUGGUGAAGGCCUUUAUGCCAUAUUGGUCACUGAAUGGCAUAAAUGGACUUUGUUGUUUCUGAGAAAUGAGCUGUUUUAUAGAAGAAGUUAUUCUCUUAAGUAAUAUUCAGAAUUUCAGACCCACGGUAAGAAAAACAUGGAACUUAUGUAAACUCUCCCAGCUCUGUGUAAGGAUGAAGUUACCGUCUGUAAUGUGCACUACUGUGUUUCUUGCCCGAGUUCUUGAUUUCUACACAAUGGAAUGGUUUUUUUUAAAGGGAGACUCCAUGCACUACCUGUUUUUUAUUUUGCAGAGUCUGCCAGUAGCCUGGGCAAUUUGUUAUUGCAAGUAAUCUCUAUUUCUUAAACAAGCUUACAGAAGCUGUAUGACAGAAGCCUCAACAGCCUAUCUCUGAGAGCAUUCGACUUGUGUUGAAUGGCUUAGAUUUCCCCUUCUCCCUAACUCCAGUUAUCUCUACAUCUGUACUCUCCUGGGCCUACAAAGCAGUCUGGAAUUUUGAUCUACUGGAUGUGUUCAGCCAGCUUUGUUUCUUGGGGGGGGGCGGGGGGUGCGCGGUGCAGUGCUGUGCGGUUGAGAACAUUGAGACAUUGGGUAGUGCCUGAGUUUUAAUUGUAAGUCAUGUCAUUGACUAGAUCCAUUGUUUACAAAUGUUGGCACACUUUUAAACCCCGCUUACUUUGUGUCAUUUUUAAAUGAAACGGCAUUAAAAUGACCAAUAAGUUGUGAAUGUUUUUUAAAAGUAUAUAUAUUUUUUUGAAAUUUAGCUUCUAUGAGGGAGACUCCAGCUUAACCUGAAUGCUACUGGAUUGUGACAUACUUCCUCUAUUUUUAAGCAAAUGAAAGAUGUAGAAAUGUCCAAGAUCUGGCAGUUCAUAAAUCUGUGCAGGAAAGAAUUGACCAGUCAGUCAUUAUAUCAAUGCGCUUGGGCCAGGGCAUGUGGAAGCCACCAAAGUAAAGGGCUAAACCCCCCUCCAUGCAUAACAUACGGAUCCCUUUGGAAAGUACUCAAAAGUUUUUUGCAGUCUGCACUGUUAGGAACUUUUUUUAUGUAGGUAGGUUUGAGUUCUUGCUGUUCUAAAAAAAAAAUGCAAAUAGUUUCACACACAAAUAUAGAUAGAGAAUCAUCUAAAUAACAGAAGGUGGCAGCACAUAUUUAAGAUAAAUUUUAAAGCUGCACUAUUUGACAGGCCUGCCAUAAAGGGCAGCCCUACUUUGUUAUACAGUAUGUAGGAAUAUAAAUAUUACUGACCACCUUUAAAAGGUGCGUUCUAUUUUUAAUAAAAUAUAAGUAAUCACUGAAAUUGAAAAAGAUAUAGAGAGAGAUAUAUAUAUAUAUCUAUAUAUAUAUAGGUUAACCUAUACCCUUUAAAAGAAUACAUUAAAUUGAUGGUCAAUGCCAAUUCAGUCUUCCCUUGGUGAGUAGUGAAAAAGAAAUGCAGCGCUGUGGUUGGAGGACAGCAGUAGUAUCAAAGGCAAGUGCAUAUGCUUGAUUAUAUACCAGCAAAGUUUCGAGUCCUGUCACUGAGAUUCAUUUGCCUCAGUUGGGAGACUUCAGCCAUUUCACAAGAUAGGCAACCAGGUGGAUUGACAGACAAUGAUGACAGAAAGAAGGGAGGGAGAAAAUUCAGAGUCGGUUGCCAAGCCAUGACAGAGCACUUGUGGUGGUGAAUGGGCCAUUAAGGGGGAAAGCAACAGGGAGCAAAUUAUAAAGCUAAAGACAGUAACUGCUUUCAGUCUUAGCCACUGAAGAUUUAUGAGCUGGGAGAGCCAAUCUGCGUGAAAGCCAUUUAAAUAAUGGCUUGAGUGCAGGCAUGGAGAGAGGCUCCAAAUGUUCACUUUCACAGAACAAUGAAGUAAAUUUUAAAGAAAGCAUUUGUUAUAUUUGCCAUUAACAGCCUGCAGAAUCACUACAUUAGUGAUUUCUGCUGCUGUCAAAAAGCACAGCUUUAACAAGCAGCAAGGGGGUUGCUGGAGAAGGAACGUUUGUGCUGUGCUUGAGCUCAGUUAAGUACACUUCAAAAAAAAAUGGUCCAUUUAACAGUGCAAUGGAUAAAAGCUGGGAUCUCACGCCAUUGGCUGGAGUGGGCUCCACUCAUGUCAUCAUCCACUUUGUACUUGAGUUGAAUUUUUUAGAAGGUAUUAGCAAGAAAGAUUGGAUUCCUUUGUUCCAAAAAUCCUGAUGAAUAAUUUUUGUUUGUAUCCUAUUGACCUGUUGUAUAUUUAAAUAGUGAACGAAACAUCUUUAUUGGUUGGAAGUAAAUAAUACAGUUUAGAAUCAACAACGUUAACUUUGUGUCCAAGACAUGCUGGAACUCACCUAUGGUUUGUAUUGUGACGACAGAGGGUUCACAUAUCCUCCGAGGAUUUUCAUUUUCUUUUUUCACUUUUGUCUAUUGUAAAUGUACUUUUUAAAAUUGGUAUCUAUUCCUGACAGCAAUUGGACAGAUUCUUGUAAAAACAAAACUAGAGCAUUUUUUUAAAAAGUUGCAAUUUGAUUUUCCUAACUAUAUACAAAGACUUGGGUGACAAGCGUUUUCUUCAUGAGGGUUUCUUGGAACAGGACUCUAAAACCCUUUGGAAUUGGCUUAUCUCUCCUUGUAUACACUGCCAUUGUCUUAAUGUGAUAGCUCCCUACAGUAUAUGUUUUGCAGUAAAGAGGACACCUUGGCAGUUUCUGAACAUGGGCUACAAGCAGGAGGAAGAUCAACCUCUUUCUAACAUAACAAAAGCAGUACUGGCUUUUGUGGCACAUUUUAAACAAAAAAAAAGAAUAAAAAAGUGUUGUGGUGUUCAUGUGCUUAAUUGUAAAUAUAUUGUUUGUCUUUGAAAUUGUCCUUUUAUUUUCUGGGGUGGGAAGGGGGACAGGGAAGAGACCAGGGUUUUAUUCUAUAAAGGAAUACAGAGUAUUUUGAUAUUGUGCAUUCCAAGGGUGAUGUGUACAUAUCUAUGAUGUAUAUAGUGAUGAAAUCAUUAUCAUUUUGUGCAACACCAGCUCUUCUCUGUACUGCUGUUCUACAGUCAGUGUUUCAGUGUUUGUAUUUUUUGUUACUGCACGUUUUAUUAAUCCUAGCUAAAACAGAAAUGCACAACUAUCCUUUGUAUGAGUUUACUGCUGUAAAAUACUACCAAAUGUCAUUAGUCGGUUGCUGCCAGUCGUGAUAUGCAUGGAUGGCACUUAUAAUAAAUGCUGUAGCUUCA